GCGAGGAGCAGCACCAUGAGACGCACAAUGACCGUCACCCAGCCCAAGGACCGGCCCCAGGAGGCUCCACACCUGGACUUCAGGAGGUCCAUUGGCAGAGGACACAUGCCCAAUCGAAUGUACGAUUUCCUGUACGAUCCUUUAUUUAUUGUGUCAAGUGAAAAAAACCAUGUUCAGGCAAAUAUUCAAGCCACCCUGAUUCGAAGCAGAAUGAAAAAAGUUCCCAGAUUUAGAGCCAUGUUCAGCAACCUGAUCCAUUAUCCAAGAUAUUCUCUGUAUUGGAACAAUGUAGAUCCGGUCCCACCAUUUAUCAGGAGAGAAUGGAGGGGAAAGGAGGUAAAACGGAAAGAAGCUGUCUGCAAGAUGGCUGAAACUGACACUUCUUUUCAGAUACCUAAAGAAGUUUAUGAAGAUCCAGAUGUGACUGGAAGGAAUCGCUAUAAAUACUUUGAAAGGCCUUUCCUCCCAUAUCUUCAAAAGAUACCACUCAGUUAUAUGCUGGCAACAACCAAGAUUGAACCUUAUAUCCAUACUCCUGAAACUACAGAACAACUGCUGCCUAUCUCUUUUAAGUCUACAGUGGCCACCCAGACUGAUUACCGGGAUGCUGAUACUCAAACAGACCCCUACUCUCCAGAAUAUGUAGUGUGUCAGGACACUAUCCCAGAGCUCUUGACCCUGGCUACUCUGACAUGGGGUCGAGGACUCCCAGCAGGACUGGCUGAAGUGGAGAUGAUAGAAAGAGCCCGGGAGAAGCGUGCAUGGGAGGCCACCCUUCCUCCUCUGAGCGACACUUCCCAGUAUGAGAAGAGGCGGAGGAUGAUGGAUGAGAUGGAGAGGAAGGAGUGGCUCUUCAGAGAUCAGGAGAUUGAGAAAUUGCAGGAUAUUCGUCUGGAGCUUUUGCAAGAGCUGCUAAAGCAGCGAGCAGAGAAUCAAAAUGAAUUGAAUACGAGGCAGUUGAACGCACAGUGGUGUCGACUGCAAGAAGCCAAAGAGGAGAAAGUGGACAAAAUUCAGCGCAUGCACAUGUCAGCAAUGAGGAAAUUUCUGUCCAAGUCAAAGAACGUAGAGGGGAAGUUGGAGAGGAGAGAUAUCAUCAAGGAGUACUCUGACUAUGGGUCACAGGUCUAUGGACCUCUCUCUCGCCUUGGUCGUUUCCCGGACAUCAGCGGGCAGCAGUUUGUAGUAAAAAACUACUAUCUCAACACCUAUGAAGGAUUAGUUGAACUUGAGGCAUGUCUCCCAGAUUUUGUGACACAACCAAGAAUCAAAGCUCCAAAGCCAAGGACCAUCGUCACCAAAGCUGGUUUUCUGAAGCGGGUAGCGAGGACAGACUAUGAGCUGGCAGAGAUCCAUAAGGCGCUGUUGGACAAGAAGAAUAAAGUUGCGGAAACAAAGAAACCUCUACGCUUCCUUCAAAAAAUCUCCAUGCCUCUGCCUCGACUUUCCACCCCAACCUUGGAGAUGGGUUCCUAUGAGGAAGAGGAGAUGGAAAUGGCUGUGAUCUACCUGCAACAGCUACUCCGGGGCAGAGUGGUUCAGAACAUGAUGUUUGAAGGGAAAGAAAAGCGGCGAGAGUUGAUCCACGAGCUGCGCACCAGCCAUGCACUACAAGAAGAUGAAAAGAUACUGAAGAAAGCCGAGAAGCAACUGACACUGGCCCUACAGCGACAGAGGAACCUGCACGAGCACAAGCUGUCCCUCAUUGAAAACCACCUGGCCGGCCUGGAGGGCAGGGCACUGGCAGACAUGUUCGACUUCCUGUCCAAAGAGCUGGUGAGACUGCAGGAAGAGAGGCGCAUCCACGCCUUCGCCAUGCUGGCCGAGCGGCAGCGGCGCACGCGGGAGGCGGAGGAGAGCGGCCGGCGCCAGGUGGAGCAGAGGCGCCUGCGCGAGGAGGACGAGAUAUUUAAGGAGGUGGUUAAAGUUCACCAGAGUACUGUUUCAUCCUAUCUGGAAGAAAUUAUACUGAAUACUGAAGCAAGUACUGCAGAUGAACAAGCCAGAGCAGAAAUUGAGAAGGUGGCUGAGGAAAUCAAUAACAUUGCCUAUGAAAUGGAAAGCCGUCGAACACAACUUCAAUCUGAGGAGAUUGUUGCUGAGUUGGUUUACAGUUUUCUGAUCCCAGAGGUUCAAAAAGACUUUGUCAAAGAAAAAGUGAGGAACGCCCAGCGGAAGCACAUCCUGGCGGCCCAUCAGAUCAUCCACGAGUUCACUGACGCCAUGGUCCAGGAGCACUUCUCCGAGAAGCUACAGGCCAGGGGCCAAGCCACCGAUGCUAGGGAGGCCCCUGAGAGCCAAGAGGCCCCCGAGAGCCAAGAGGCCCCCGAGAGCCAGGAGGUCCCCAAGAGCCCAGAGGUCUCCAAGAGCCAGGAGGCCCCCGAGACCCAGGAAGCCCCUGAGAGCCAUGAGGUACCCAAGAACCAAGAGGCGCCAGAGGAGGUGUCCGAGAGUGACGAGGUACCAGAGAGUGACGAGGUACCAGAGAGUGACGAGCUAACCCAGAGCGACGACUUAGUGGAGAGUGACGAGCUAACCCAGAAUGACUUGGUAACCCAGAGCGAGGAGGUAAACCAGAGCGUGGAGCCAUCCAAGAGCAACACUGAAGACAAAGAGGAUGCAGACAGCUAAGAUUGUGUGUGGUUUUUUAUUAAGAAGCUGUACAAAUCAUCUCGAGAACUCCAGUAUUCUGUGCUUCUAAGACAUGUAGCUCUCAUGAGCACGUCAACACGUGCUUCCCGAGGAGAGAGAUCUCUUUUCUUAACAUGCCCAAGAACCUCAAAUGCUUUUCACUAGUAACAGUUGAUUGAAAAGCGUUUUGUUCUCUUUGGUGUUUUCUAGAUUCCCUCUACUUCAAGAGAAAAUUUUUCUUGUGUCUUUUAUCAGCAUUUUACUCAAUAUUGUGCUGGCUUG